AUGGAGGGGGAGAGCAGUAAGGAGCUGAGGGAGAGGCUGUGUGGGCUGGAGGAGCAGCUGGCCCACUCCCAGUCUGAACUGGAGGAGCUGAGAGAACAGGUGCACCUUGGGGUCUACUCCGUGGAACAGGCGGGGGGCGACGGGGGCACGGUGGGUGAGACGGAGGGGGCGAGCCAGGAGACGCAGCAGCUGAGAGAGAGAGAGAGACAGGGGGAGGGACAGAGUGAGGGUGAGGGCGAGAGCGCAGGGGACAAUGACACAGUCAAACAGCUGAGAAAGAAAGUUAAGGAACUACAGGCAGCCCUGGAAGAGAAAGGAACAGAAAAAGAGGGCAUAAAGGAGGACGGAGGAGGGGAGAGUGAGACAGUGAGGAGCCUCAGGGAGAGGGUGAGCGAGCUUGAAGCCGCCCUGGCGGAGAGCAAGGAGUCAGAGAGAGCAGGUGGAAGGAGAGAGGGAGUGGUAAAGCCAGAAGGGGAGGUGGUGCGGAGGCUGCAGGGGCGUGUUGGUGAGCUGGAGGGGGAGCUGAGGCAGUGUGUGCCCCGUACGGAGCUGGAUGAGGUGCAGGUGACCCUGGGUCUGCAGUGUGAGCAGCUGGCCAGGGAGAGAGCUGAGGCCAGCCUGAGACUGAACGAGGCCUUACUGGAGCUGGAGAGACUACGGCCCCCCAGCCCCACACACCACCAGGGAGACGAGGAGGAGGAAGAGGAGGAGGAAGAGAGGUCAGAGGGGUCAGAGCCCUCCAUCACAUCAGAGCGCUCCCUGAGACGGGUGAGAGAGGAACUGGAGGUGGCUAGGCAGGAAGCAGCUCAGGCUCUGGACUGUUUGUGUGCGGAACGCGAGGGCCGGGCUCAGGACACCCUAAACAUGAGAGACGCAGUAUCCCUGUCCCAACACACAGAGGCGCUAUCAGCCCUGUCGGAGCAGCUGGCCCAGACAGCCCAGGAGCUGCAGGCAGAAAGGGCCCUGCGAUGCCAUGCCCAGACUGAGACGGCUAGGCUAGAGGCCCGGCUACAGGCCACACAACAGGAGCUUAUACCCAGAGAGGAGCACAACAAAGUUAAGACGGAGCUGCAGCGCGCUCUGCAGGCCAGUGAGAGCAGUGCGGCGGAGGCCAAGGAUGCUCUGAGUGUGAAGGAGACAGAGCUGAGAGAUCUGAGGUCCCAAAAGGCUGUGGAACAGGGCCUGGUGUCCAAGGAGGACCACGAGUCCCAGCGCCUCUCACUGCAGGCCGAUAUCAACACACUCACCGCCCGAUUCAACGACCUCACACGCAAACACGAGAAGACCUGCACCGAGGUGUUCCAGGUGCAGCGCGAAGCUCUGUUUAAUAAGAGUGAACGUCAGGUGGCCGAGGCUCAGCUGGCCACAGCGCAGCAGCAACUGGCUGACCUGCAGGCCCAGUCCAGCCACGUCCAGGAGCUCCACAAAGACAUCCAGGACUCCCAGGGCCUGGUCAAGGAGAAGGACCGCAAGAUAAUGGAGCUGUCUAAGGAGGUGUUCCGUCUGAAGGAGGCUCUGGGUGCUCUGAGUCCUCCUCUGGGACUCUCCUCCUCCCACUACUCCUCUCACUCCCACUCUGAGAGAGUCCCCCCUGUGAACCCUGGCCAGCAGGUGGCGCUGCAGAACAGAGUGGCUGUACUCUCCAAGGAGCUCCAGGAUUGGGAACGAAAGCACAGACAAGUCGUAGCUGUAUACCGAUCCCAUCUACUGGCUGCUGUACAGGGCCGGAUGGAUGAGGAGGUACAAGAUCUGUUACUGCAGAUCCUGAGGAUGUCACACAAGGACCAGGGUUACUGACCCCCCCAGGCAGUGUACUCCCUGUGCAAUGGAAGACACAACGGGCUAUGGGACCCAUCACUGUACUAUACCAUCUACUAACUACAGUAUAUGUACACACUUACUGAAAGCAACUGGUCUGUUCUGCAUACAGUACAGUACGUGUAGCCUUGGAAAUACAUUAAGGCUAGCCCAUUCAUGACUAGUAUUGAACUGGAUAUACAUGGACAGGUAUGGUUUUCUGGUAUCAGAAAGAUAAAUGUCUGUAUAGAUAAUAACUUGUAUUGAAUAACAAGAAUGUACGUCUUGUCUCAAUUGUGUGAUGAGCCUACUGAUUGUAUGUAUUUUGUAUGAUAUUCUUACAAUAAAGACGUAGAAAGAAACCAAAA